AUGAUCGUUGGAAAGGAUACAGCUUCGGGGUCAUUCGUUUUGAAGUCUGUGCCGCAGUUACAACCGGACGAAUCGUUUAAUGUUAAAGUUCCAAGCCAUGAUACAUUGACCGUACUGAAUGGGACAUUUUUUGACUUUGAUCUUUGGGAUGUUGAAAGUCGUUUUUGGUCCGUGAAUUACCGAAAUGGCUGCGUUUCCAAAAUUCCUUUCAGAGGGGCGAAACGCACGUCGUAUUCUGUCGCGGCGAGAAAUGAAUCAAUCUUCAUUUUUGGUGGCUGCAAAGGAGAUGACGUUGUUCCUACUUGCGAAAAAGUGGACACCGCCACCGGCGAGUUCACUCGACUCCCAGAUAUGUCAUUAGCGCGUUCUCGUACUUCGGCCUUAAAUAUUCCAGACAUCGGAAUCGUAGUUGUUGGUGGAUGGACUGCAAAUCGUUUAAAUUUUGCUGAAAUAUUGGUAGAAGAUCCUUCGCAUAAGAGUGGAUGGAGAUGGAUGAGGCUCAGCCCGAUGUUAGAGGGACGAGAAGAGCCUGGAAUCGCCUCAUCAAUGGAUGCUUGGUGGUUGCUGGAGGGCAAUACAGGAAUGUGGAGAUCACUGUUGAAUGCCUCACCCUGA